AUGCUGCUCGACACAAUAUUCACUGUCUACUACGCCUUCUACUUCAUUUUUUCACUGUCCGCCCAAUUAUUCGUACUGUUUUUAAUCGUUUUUCAUAGCCCAUCGAAUUUGAAAGACAUGAAAAAGUUGAUGAUGGCGACGUCAUUGUCGCAGAUUCUCAUGUGUUCCUCGGCGUUUUUGACGCAAGUCAGAAUAGUGCCCAUCGAGUCAUCGAUCGCACUUCUCUCCUUCGGUCCCUGCUCGAUUCUCGGCCCCCAAGCGUGCCUAACCACCUACAACCUUCUGAAUACAUCCGGUUGCCUCGUCGUCGCCUCUCUCCUCCAUAUGAUGUAUUACCGUAGGAGAUUACUGUCGGCCGUCACGAGACUCUCCACGGGGAAAUUCCUGUUCAACUGUGUGAUUGUCUACUUUUGUGGGGCGGUCGUUUUGAUCUUCUCCUUCCUCGGCCCCACCAAUUUCUCGUUCAUCCGCGCACUGGUUGUCACCUAUUACCCAACAAUCAACUUGGAUUCCUACACGUUAUCCGGUUUUUCGAAUGUCAAACACUUUUUCUGCUCAACGGCGACAGGGAUAAUCGCAGCGCACGCCUACAUUCCACCGUUCGUCGCGAUGGCUUGGCGGCACAAAAUCGUUCGAGAAAUCAACUCGCAACGUAUGGCUCUAUCCUCGCGUACUCAACUACAAACUAGAAAUUUCGUGCAGUGUUUGACGUGGCAGACGUGUCUUCCCCUAUUCUUCUACGUCACACCGUACACCUUCUACAUCGUGCAGCAGGUGUCGGGUUACGGUUUCGUCGCCACCGAGUACCUAAUCUUCCCGUUGAACACGUUUUCAGCGGUGUUGGAUCCUAUAUGCAUGCUAUAUUUUAUAAAACCCUAUCAGAGAGCCGCGAAGCUUAUAGUUUCAGAGCUAAUCGGGUUGAAUGCUAUACCUAACUCUACGGUAGCAACAAUUAAUAGUCAGACUUCGCAGAUGUAA